AUGGAGGUCAACGAGCUCCUCAUGAAAGGACACCUCAGGGAAUUCAUUUCCGAUAAGGCCAAGAGCCUCUUGAAUAAAGACACCGAAAAUCAGCCCACUAAAGCGGUUCCUGCCUCACCACAACGCCAGGAUAGAGUAAUCCAUGUCAUCUCGGGCGGCUCAGAAAUAAGCGGAGUCAAUCACACAGCCGCCAAGAGAAGCACCAGAAACGCCAAGAACAGCCAGGAGAAUGGGAAUCCAAAACGCAUGCUCCUGGGUACAGACGAAAUUAGUUUCACCGCCAAAGAACAAGAGAAGGUCUUGGCUCCUCAUCAUGACGCCUUGGUCAUAUCACUCACUAUAGCGAACCGCCUAGUGAAACGAAUAUUGGUAGACAAUGGAAGCUCUAGUAAUAUUAUCUUCCAGACCGCAUAUGACGAUCUAGGGCUGGAGGAAAAGGCGUUGACGCGGAUGUUCACCCUACUCAUAGGCUUCAGCGGAGAAGUCAAGCAAACUACCGGAGAAGUCAUCAUCCUAGUGUACGCCGGAGGGGUCAACAUGGCAACCAAGUUUUUGGUCGUCGACUGCACAUCCUCUUACAACAUGAUACUCAGGCGGCCCUGGAUCCAUGACAUGGGAGCCGUCCCUUCAACGCUCUAG